GAAGAAAAUAAUACGAAAAUACUUCAAGAACGCUUACUGGUUUUGAUUUUGCUUGGCGAACCUGCCCGACAGCUCUCAGGCUAUGGCAGAAGAAGAUGAUUACAUGGGCGACCUCUCUCAGUUCGUCACUUCAGAAGUCACCAGCCCUCUAAAAUCUUCAUCCAAAAAGAUUUUGAAUACCAAAAACCCCAGUAAUUUUCAACCCUCUAAGAAAAAAGCUAAACUGCUAAACUGGCAAGAACAACGUAGAAUCGAUAGGGAGCGAAAGCAACAGGAAGAGGAUGAGAAAACAUUGGCUAAAAUAGAGGCUGCCCCAAUUCCACAAUCCAACAUUGGAUUCAAACUUUUGAAACAAAUGGGGUAUACCCCGGGUUCCGCUCUUGGAAAGGAGGGCUCGGGCCAGGCUGAGCCGGUGAAGAUUGAUAUUCGGCGCUCACGAGCUGGGAUUGGGCGGGAAGACCCGCAUAAGGAGAAGAGGAAGCGAGAGGAGAUAAGGACUUGGGCAGAAAGGAGGACUGAGGAGGCUAUGAUGGAGGAGUUUGGGUCUAGGCAGAAGUCACAGUGGCGGAGCAAGAGAGUUGUGGUUAAUUUUAAGAAGGCACAGGCAGCGUUGGAUCAAUUGGAGAAUAAGGAAGUUGUGCCUCCGGAGAAGAAUGAGGACGGGGAAGAGGAGGGGGGAGAGGAGGAAGAGGAAGAGGAAGAAAUUACAGAAGUGGAUUUGCAAGAGAUAUUGAUGAAACUGAGAGAUGAACAUAGAUACUGCCUCUUUUGUGGAUGCCAGUAUGACUCAACGGAGGCACUGUUGUCGUACUGCCCUGGAACGGAUGAAGACGACCACUGAACUAAGUUCCCUUAUGCAUGGACCCCCAGAAUGUAUUCCUUGUUUGACAAGGUAAUACCGAGCGGUAAUGCAGGUCUUCUUGCUUUCAAUGGAGAUAUUCUUGCAUCCAAUUGAUCCGGAAGUUCCUAAGAUCCGACGUGCAAAUUUCUGAGUCAGAAACCCGAAUUAGGUUAGGGAAAUCCCUAUAGUCCAGACCUCUGAGAGCAUUAUUUGAAUUAGCUCCCAAAUCGAAGUGUGUGGAUAUAUAGCCAAAUGCAAGAGCUGAAGUUCAACAAUCCAACUUUUAUUGAGAUAUGGAAAGCCUUGCCGAUGCUAUUUUUUAAAUUUAUUCUUUCGUUUUGUAAGGUUUGUAAAAGUUGGUUAAGAGCAUUCUGUGUUAUACAAGAGGUACGGAGUUCCAAUC